UUAUGACCAUAUAUACAGUAUCUACAUCACUGACUGUAGCUCACAGGGUCAGCAUGAUGCUGAGUUGAAAACACAUGUUAACAAACAAGCAGUUUAUUCUUUUGGAUGAAACAAGAGUAAAAUCAUCUUUUCUUUUUGUACUUCUCAACUUUUUGACAUCACAUGCACUCAUGUCCCAUCUUAGCAUGAAACACAUCAGAUUACAGAAGCAGGACUAUUACUGAUAGUAAAAUGAAUAGAGUUUAUUGAGAAGAUCAGAGGUCAGUGUUCGUGAUAGAUAAGCUAGGCGAUGGACCGGCAGCAAAUGCAGGUGAGCGACGAAGAGAAGGUAGUCCUGAGAGAAGAGAGUCGUCGGAGAAGAAGAAAGAAAGCCAUCAGCUCGUCCUCCUGCACCUCCAUGGAUCAGAUCACUGUUGAGUUCAUCCUGCCCACCAUGACGCGGGGCGGAAACAGCCCUGACACUGUGCAGCUGGAUGUCGCUGGAAACUGGACGGUGGAACAGGUGAAAGCUCAGGUGUGGCUGAAGGCGGUGACUUCAAACUUCUGUCCUGACUUCUACCAGCGCUUUUCUCCUGACCACUGCAUCCUGCUCUACCAGAAGAAAGGCAACGUGUGCGAGAUCUACGACAAGCACCAGGUCUUCCAGACGCUGGACUGCAUUCGCUACUGGAGAGCCCUGAAGAAGGACGUGGGGCGGAUCCAGCUGGUGCCUCGUCCGCAGCCCUCGGACGAGUCCCUGCACUACCAGCGAUACCUGAACUACCUGAUCGGCUACGAUGUGACUGACGUCAGCAACGUGCACGACGAUGAGCUGGAGUUCACCCGCAGGAAGCUGCUGACGCCCAGACGCAUUGAGCUGUCUGACCGUGACCCAAAACUCUACUCCAUGGACCCCUGGGUGACCCGCAAGCCGCUGCCUGAGCAUCUUCUCAGCAAGGUCAGUAACAGCCACAUCCUGGUGGUGAUCCACAUUGGCACGGCCAGCCAGACCAUCAAGGUCUCCAUUGACGACACGCCGGCAAAGGUUUUGGCCAGCUUUUUCACCAAGACAGCAAAUAAGAGAGUUCUGCUGGGCAUCCCUGACGACAUGUGUGAGGUGGACUUUGUGCUGCGUGUGUGUGGCAGGGAGGAGUACCUGUACGGGGACAAACCACUGCAGAACUUCAACUGGAUCCGUCAGUGUCUGAAGAACGGUGAGGAGAUCCACCUGGUUCUGGAGAAGCAGCCUGAUCCUGACCAGAAUGUGGUCCAGAAGGAGGACUGGGCACAAGUGGAUGACUGCACUGGAGUCGCAGGUACUCAUGAGCAGUUGACCAUCGAUGAGAAGGACCAUGAACGAGUGUUCACCAUCUCCAUGUGGGACUGUAACAGGAAGUUCAGAGUGAAGGUGUUGGGUAUUGACAUCCCAUCCCUGCCCAAAAUCCCAGAGUUUGUUGUCUUCAUAGAGGCCAACAUCUUCCACGGUCAGCAGCUUCUAGCCCAGGAGAGGACGUCCUCCAAAGCCUUCAAUGAAGAGGUAUUGUGGAACUGCUGGUUGGAGUUUAACAUUAAGAUCAGGGACCUGCCUAAAGGGGCACGACUCAACCUCCAGGUGGUGUGCAGGAAGCAACCUCAGACACCAAACUCCAAAGUUUCUUCCUACCAGGAUAACACCGCAGGAGGAGGCAGCCAUGAUGGAAAGACCAAGAAUCGCCUCCUGUACUACGUAAACCUGCUGCUGAUCGACCACCGCUCUCUGCUCCGCCAGGGCGAGUUCAUCCUGAACAUGUGGAAGAUGCCAGAGAAGAGCGAGGACAGCAGCAGCAGCAUCAACGCGGACAAGCUCACCUCGGCAACCAACCCGGACAAGGCCUCUUCUAUGGCCAUCGCCAUUUUGCUGGACAAGUACUGCUACCCCGUGGUACUGCCCAAGAGCCGCGACGUGGGUCGGGAUGUCGGGGCUGGGAGCGAGGAAGCUGAUGGAAGGGAGCGAGGUCAGAGAGAGAUGCCCAACCACCUGAAAAAACAGUUUGAAGCCAUCGUGGCUACCGACCCCCUGCAUCCACUAAGUCCUGAGGACAAAGAGCUGCUCUGGCACUUCAGGCAUGAGUGUAUGCGUGACCCAAGGGCCUACCCAAAGCUGCUGGGCUCAGUCCGGUGGGGGAAACAGGAAGAUGUUUUGGCAACACACCGUCUGUUGGAGCGCAGCAGUGCGUGGGACAGCAGCGGUCUGGACGUCGGCCUGGCCAUGCAGCUGCUCGACUGCCACUACUCAGACGCUCAGGUUCGCUCCAUGGCUGUGAGGAAACUGGAGACGCUGGAGGAUGAUGAUGUGCUCAGAUACCUUCUACAGCUUGUACAGGCAGUCAAGUUUGAGCCCUAUCAUGACAGCGCUCUGGUCAGGUUCCUGUUGAAGAGAGCUCUGAGGAGUAUGCGUAUAGGUCAUUUUCUCUUCUGGUUCCUGCGCAGUGAGAUUGCCCAGUCCAUGCAUUACCAGCAGAGGUAUGCUGUCCUGCUGGAGGCCUACCUCAGAGGGUGCGGUGAAGCCAUGCUGCAGGACUUCAGGAAACAGGUGGAGAUGACUGAGGCUCUGCAGAAAGUCACCCGAGAGAUCAAGACCAUGUCUGCUGACAAGUACGAUGUCACACCACAAGUGGUGUUUCAAUUGCGUCAGAAGCUGGAGACUCUGCAGUCAUCCGGUCUGCCAGAGAAUUUCAGGGUCCCUUAUGAUCCUGGACUAAGAGCCGGAGCCCUGCUGAUAGAGCAGUGUAAAGUGAUGGCAUCUAAGAAAAAGCCGCUGUGGCUGCAGUUUAAAAGAGCCGACCCCACCACUCUGUCCAAAGACCCCAUCGGCAUCAUCUUCAAGGACGGAGAUGACCUCAGACAGGAUAUGCUCAUCCUUCAGAUUCUGCUGAUCAUGGAGUCAAUCUGGGAGACUGAAUCCCUGGAUCUCUGUCUUUUACCCUACGGCUGCAUCUCCACUGGCAACCGGAUAGGUAUGAUUGAGAUCGUGAAGGAUGCUAAUACCAUCGCUAACAUCCAGCAGAGCGUUGUGGGAAGCACCGGAGCUUUUAAAGAUGAAAUCCUUUAUCAGUGGCUGCGAGACAAGUGUGUGAGCGAGGACAAGUUCCAACAGGCUGUAGAGAGGUUUCUGUAUUCCUGCGGAGGUUACUGUGUGGCUACCUAUGUCCUGGGUAUCGGGGAUCGCCACAACGACAACAUCAUGAUCACUGAAUCUGGGAAUCUUUUCCACAUUGACUUUGGUCACAUCUUGGGGAAUUACAAGAGUUUCAUGGGAAUCAGUAAGGAGUGGGUUCCCUUCGUGCUGACGCCAGACUUCCUGUAUGUCAUGGGAACAUCGGGAAAGAAAAGCAGCCCCCACUUCCAGAAGUUCCAGGAUGUGUGUGUGAAAGCUUACCUCGCACUUCGGCAUCACACCAACCUGCUCAUCAUCCUCUUCUCCAUGAUGUUGAUGACCGGUAUGCCCCAGCUGACCAGUAAGGAAGAUAUUGAGUACAUCCGUGAGGCGCUGACAGUCGGCCGCAGCGAGGAUGAGGCGCAGCGCCAUCUACUGGACCAAAUCGAGAUCUGCAGGGAGAAAGGCUGGAUGGUUCAGAUCAACUGGUUUGUUCAUCUGGUGCUGGGAAUCAAACAGGGUGUGGAAAAACGGUCCACUUAGGACUCAGUGUGAGUUAGGAAAGAAAACUUUUUUCUUAAGAUUUUCUUAGUUUACUUUAUGUUAAUAGGACAUAGUUCCUGCAGAAACCUGAAAAGUCUGGAAAGCUAUGGAAAUUAUUGCAAGGUUGUGAAAGAUUUCCACCAUUUUUUAUUUACUCCCAGUAUGAAUGCAAACAGAAAUUUUGUAUUUUAGACUACAUGGACUCUCAAAUAUGAAGAGAUCUUUUAUGAAACCUAAUGAGAGCAGCUUAAUCACUAAAAGGGGGCGACAUGUGACUGAGUGUAAAUUGCGUUUAAUCAUUUUAGCUCUUGAAAAAGACAGAACUACAUACAGUAGGAUCUGCAAGAGUGACUGAAAAUGACUGAAAAGGUGUAAAUUAAUAAACAUCAGGAGGAUGUGACACUGCAUGUAUGCAGAUUUGUCACCAAGAUGCUCGGUGCUGAAUUAAACGUAUUUAUAAUAAGUUUGUAUGGUGAAGUUACCUGGAGCAGAAAACAGUCUCCAUUGCACUGCUUAGACCAAGUCAAACAUCAAACCAAACUCACACAAAAUUACAUUUGUAGUUAGUAGUUACAUUUGAGUUUUUGCCUGCUGACAGAGUUACUUCUCGUUUUAAAAGUCUUAAAAAGUUUCACAAAAUGAACAUUAAAUCUAUAAUGCAAAUUGCAGGUUUGCUGACUGUGUAAGUCUUAAAACGGUCAAUGAUAGAUUUUGGUUAAACAAGAAAACAUUUGAAAAUUAAAAAUCUGUUUUAUAAGUAGGGAAUCUGAUCUCUACAGUCUUUCUUGUCAUCCUUUUUCAGUCUGACUACUUCCUGUUUCCCGUUCUUACGUUCAACGUCGUCUCCUGCUGAGGACAUUUCCUUUAUAUUAUUUACAUUUUAAAACAUUUAAUUAAAUAUGUAGUUAAUGUCACAGUGUUUACAGAAUUCAUGUUGAAGUAGUGCCGCACUGUCCCUCCAUCCCAAGAGGAAUUGUUAGAUCAGUCUGGUAAAUAGUUGAUGUCAGUUUUACAUUUACUAAAAUACUGAAUAUUCCGAACAUUUGGUUUUGUUGUAUAAUAUACAAAGAAUUAUACAAUUAGUUGGACUCUCCUGGUCAGAGAUUUGACAUAAUGUGUUAUUAAUGAAUUGUUCAAGAUGAGAGUUUUAUUAUUUAUACAUGAAAGAAAUCUUUUUAUGCACAGACUGUGUGAAAUUUAAAUUCCAAAAAUAUAUUUAAAAAAUUGUAAUUUAAUUAUUCAAAUUAGUAACUAAAAGAUGCUACAAUGGCAUGUUGUUGACAUUCAGCACUUGCUGGUCAGUGCUGGAGUCACAUCUGCCAAUCAGAAGUAACCACACAGGUCAGUUCUGGCUCAGCUGGUUUGAUCCAAGAUAGUGGAUUUUUUGUUGAAUGAUUUGGAACAUUUCAAUUACAUCAUCAAGACAGUGAGAGGUAAAAGCCCCAAUAAAUCUGCACAUGGAUCACUCCUUAAACAUUUCCAUGUGAGGUGAUUACCUCUUAACAUGAGUGUUUUUUUUUUGUUGUUGUUGUUGUUGUCAUUUUCUUUUUUUCUUCUUUUUGGACAAAUUCAUAUUUUAAAGCAAAGUAUAUUCCCAUACAGCUAACUUUGACUGAAAGCCACAUAAUUAAGUCCUGGAAUGAAAAGAAGAUCAGAUUUUUGUUAUAUUUUAUGAGCACACCUUACUUCCAAGUUGGAGAUAAAAGCUACAAUAAGCACGAGCAAUCUAAAGAUCAGUAUUUCCCAAAUCUGAUGCCAGUUCUGAUAAGGGCUCCUCUCAUUCACUCCUGAAAGUGAAAUGACAGGAACAUGUUUGCUUUUCUAUGUAACAGUAUCAGAAAAUUAAAGUUAUGUACUAUAAAUAC